CCAGCCAAUAACAUUUGUUUCUACGGCGAGUGCUCCUACUACUGCUCUACUGAGCAUGCUCUGUGUGGGAAGCCAGACCAGAUCGAGGGUUCUCUGGCUGCCUUCCUGCCAGACCUGGCCCUGGCCAAACGCAAGACCUGGAGGAACCCUUGGAGACGAUCCUACCACAAACGCAAGAAAGCAGAGUGGGAGGUGGACCCAGACUACUGUGACGAGGUGAAGCAGACUCCUCCCUAUGACCGUGGUUCUCGUCUGCUUGACAUCAUGGACAUGACCAUCUUUGACUUCCUCAUGGGUAACAUGGACCGGCACCAUUACGAGACUUUUGAUAAGUUUGGAAACGAGACCUUCAUCAUCCAUCUGGACAAUGGAAGAGGGUUUGGGAAACACUCCCAUGACGAGCUCUCCAUCCUGGUGCCUCUGAGCCAAUGCUGCAGAGUGAGGAAGUCGACCCACUUGCGUCUGCAGCUGCUCGCCAAGGAGGAGUACCAGCUGAGCCGUCUGAUGGAGGAGUCCCUGCUGCGUGACCGCCUCCACCCCGUCCUCAUCCAGCCCCACCUGGAGGCCAUGGACCGGAGGCUGCGCCUGGUGCUCCAGGUCCUGGCUGUCUGCGUGGAGAAGGAGGGCUACAGUAACGUGGUGGAGGUGGACGACCACCACUGGGCCAGAGAAGCCAGAGGGGGCAGGGACACAGCCACCCACAGGAACCCAGGGCACAGGUAGUGAGGCCUGGCUAGGAAGAGAGGGAGAUGGGGGGUGGAGGGGUGGUACCCCUGGUUCUCCCGCUUCUCCCCAUCCUGGACCUCCAAAGAAACUACCGUUGAUGUUGAACCAACCAUGGGUGUCUGGUCUGACGGAGAGACUGACUGGAUCCUGUGACUGUGCGGGAGCCGCCAUUUUGAAUUCAGUGAAUUCCGAGACUUGCCGUCAAUGCCUCUAUGGAACCUCCCAUGUACGUGUGUUUAUAUAUAGGUACUGUUGGUCCACAGAUAUAGCAGUGAGCUGAGGAGAGAAGAGGCCUGGUCUUUGCUAAGUACCAAUGUUUUAUUACUUCUCUUGGACAUGA